AUGUUUUCCAAGUACGAACUCUCCCUAUUUUCGACACAAUGGAUCGAUGGAUCAGAAGGGAUAUUUAUUCGAAGCGGAUUAGCAUUGAUUGCCAUUGGCACUACCGGAUAUGUUUUAAACAAAGUAUUUAAUAGCCCACCUGUCAUAAACUCAUCCGAGGAAAGUCCUGCAACCAAUGGUAUGAUAAGAAAUCGAGUCUAUUCUACUGCAGUCAAAGAACAUCUUCGUGCGACUUAUGCACACUUUGCCGGUGGUUUGAUGAUGGUGGGUGGUUUUGCUUACCUUUUCCAUCGUUGUAGAUGGUCCGUGCAAUUGUUUGAACUGAACAGGUGGGUAUCCACUGGUGCAAUUCUACUCCUCAGUAUUGGAUCUAGUGUCGCAACUAGACUGAUCGACCAACAUCAGUAUCCAGUGCUGAAAUACACCGCAUGGAGUUUGUUUAAUAGCUGGCUUGCAUUAUCUUUAUCGCCACUUUGCUAUUUGGAUGUAAGACUACUCGCUCACGCUUGUCUUUUGACUGCGAGCACUGUCGUUUCAAUCAGUGCUAUUGGUAUGACCACUCGGCGAGAGAACUAUCUCUGGUUAGGAGCUCCAUUAUUGGCUGGUGUUAGUGUAGUUUGUCUAGCAUCGAUUAGUCCACUAAUUCUACCGGCUAUUGCGAUUGGAACUUUGUCAUUAUCGGAGUUUAUAUCAUUGAACGGUGGUCUUGUAGUCUUCACUGGCGCUCUUCUAUCUGACAUGCAAAAAAUGAUUGAUAAUGCUGAGAGCGCUCAGGAUGUUCAAACAUUAUCGCCUACUGAUCAAUCUAUCGAUAUUUAUCUCGAUGCCAUCCAUAUCUUCGUUCGUAUCUUGUCUGUUAUUAUUGAGAAUGAGAAAAGAAAAAAGGAACACUCAGCUUUGAACAGCAAAACAGAAUAG